CAUCGACACACAGAGACCUCAGAGCAGCAUCAUGAUGGAAAGGAUCUUGCUGGGUGUCCUGUAUCUCUCAGGCUGGUCCAUCUUCUCCACAUGUCGUCUCCAUCAGUACCACUUUGUUGCUGAACCCAUGAAUUGGACUGAAGCUCAGACGUACUGCAGAGAGACAUACACAGACCUGGUCACCAUUGAAAACACUGAAGACAUGAACCAACUCAACAACACAGUUUCAUCUGCUGGUUACAACAGUCAGGUCUGGAUUGGCCUGUACAGAGUCAUUGAUUGGAAGUGGUCAGAUGGGUACAGAGGGAGUGGAGCUGAAUAUAGGGACUGGAGAUCCAAUCAACCAAGUUUAGACACUGAUAAACGCUGUGUAGUUAUCAUAGAUACUUAUAACUCAUGGCAUUCCAUUGAUUGCACACUUACACAUUAUUUCAUCUGUUACAAUGGUAAGUACCCAGCAAAGCAUUAUUUCCUCUCUAAUAAUGAUUAUAUUGUAGUUCAGGACUUCAACUCAAAGACACAGCUGGAUCCUCAAUUUGUUUUUGUGAAUCAAAGAAUGAACUGGUCCAAUGCUCAGAGGUACUGCAGGGAGAACUUCACAGACCUGACCACUGUGAGGAACGACGUUGAGAACCAGGAGGUCCUGAAUUUGUUGCCAGGUCGAGCCUGGACAUGGAUCGGCCUGUACAGAGAUCCUGACAUUAACUGGUCUGAUGGCAGUGCCUACUCGUUCAACAGUUGGAGUGCCUCAGUUUCAGGAUCACUCAUGAAAAUGAUGUGUGGUGUGCAGGAAUCAGACCAAUGGACAUUCAAGUCCUGUGAAGAGAGAUUUCCAUUUGUCUGCUACAGUGUCCCUCCUGCCGUUCUCGCGCUGUGGCGAAUCUCUGGCGAGCUGGCUGGCGGAGAGAACAACAGAGUCGACUCGGUGAAGAAGAGCGGGGCAGAGAAGUUCCACGUCUUCCUGAAGAAACUCUUACCAGUAAAGAGGUGGGUAGUUAAGCUGAGGAUGAAGGUGCAGGACUCCUCUGUGGAUCUCAAUGACCCUGCUGUGAAAGCAAACAUCCUGAAAAAGGCAAGUCUCCAAAAUCCAGACUGGGUUGGGGGCUGGGGGUGUCUCAAACAGGUCUAG